AUGAACGCAGCUAUUCCACAGUUCACCGUUUUGGCUUUGAGAUUAUGCAAUUUAAAAGAGUUCCCAUAUUUCCUACAAAAUCAGAAAAAAUUGAAACGGUUGGAUCUGGCAGACAACAAAAUCAGUGGUGAAGUACCAAAUUGGAUGUGGAAUUUAAGCAAGGAAACUCUGGUACUCCUGGACAUUUCUGGAAACUUAUUUUCAGGAGAACUUCCAGCUGUCAUACCCUGGGUUAACCUGCUCUCUUUGAGGCUUUCAAACAACAUUUUUCACGGACGAUUACCGAUCCCUCCACCAUCCUUGCUAGAAUAUGGAGCCAAUAACAACAAAUUUACUGGAGAAAUUUCACCAUUGCUUUGCAAUAUGAAUUCUCUUCUGUACCUUGACUUGUCGACAAAUAACUUGAAUGGCACGCUUCCUCCGUGUCUCGGAAACUUUAGUGAGGGUCUAUUGCUUUUACUUCUUGGAAGCAACUCGUUUUAUGGAAUGAUGCCUCAACCAUUCAACAACAGAAGCAGUUUGAGGAUGAUUGAUGUUAGUCAGAACCAAUUGCAGGGGCAAUUACCGAGGUCAUUGGCGAAUUGUGUGAUGCUUGAGUAUCUGGUUCUGUCAAACAAUCAAUUCAGUGAUGAUUUUCCCAUUUGGUUGGGGACUCUUCAAGAGUUAAAACUUUUGGCAAUGCGCCAUAAUGGGUUUAAUGGUGUGAUAGGACAGUCUAGAACAAAUGUUGACUUCAUCAAGUUACGCAUUCUUGAUUUGUCUUACAACAAUUUUAGAGGUGAGAUUCCACCUUUGUUUCCAGAUAUUGCUGUAAACAUGUCAACAUACAUGCAGGCACAAGUACAGUAUGUCAUCACUGAUAUUUAUCUUACACGAAAUGUUUCUUACUCAAUCACAUUAGCAAUUAAAGGUUUGGAUUUGCACUAUUCGAAGAUUCUAGAAGGCUUUGCAGCCAUUGAUAUCUCAAGCAAUAAAUUUGAAGGGAAGAUUCCAGAGUUCAUUGGGAACCUUACGGAGCUUCGCUCUCUCAAUAUUUCCAACAACAUUCUCACUGGUUCCAUCCCAUCAUCCCUUGGCAAGUUAACGAAUCUUGAAUCUCUGGACCUUUCACAAAACAAGCUCUCAGGGCAGAUCCCCCAACAACUGACGCAGCUUUCAUUCCUUGGGACCUUUAGUGUGUCUCACAACAAUCUCAUAGGUCCUAUACCUCAAGGAACCCAACUUACUUCAUUCAACAGCACUUCAUAUGAGGGAAACCCAGGAUUGUGUGGAGAUCCAUUACCAAAUAAAUGUGGAAAUCAAGAGGCCCCUCAACAGCCAUUUUCAACUGAAGAAGACAGUGAUUCAGGCUCAUCUCGAACUCUUGAAUAUGAUUUGAUAUUUGCAAGAUGUAAAGCACAAAGAGCUGCUGCCGCUUCUGCACUAAGGGAUGAAUCACAUAAAAGUGGGGAAGCCAGACGACCACACCAUUCCCCAGAGGAAUUACGAGACACAAUGCCAAAGCUGCCCUUCAUUGUGCCAGGAAGCCAAGAACCAUCAAAGUUGAAUUUUACGUAG